AUGGAGGCACUAAAAGAUGAUAGCGUCAGCGUUGUUGGGGUGCAUGGUAUGGGUGGGAUUGGAAAAACAACGCUGGUCAAAGAAAUCGCUAGAAAGGUCAAGGGCAAGUUGUUUGAUUCGGUUGUCAUAGCAACCGUAACUCAAGCCAUCGAUAUUGAGAAGAUUCAGAACCAAAUUGCAGACUUCUUGGGCUUGAAAUUUGAGGAACAGAGUAUGGUUGGAAAAGCAUUUCGACUACGAGAAAGAUUGAAGGAGAAGAGGAUUCUGGUUGUGUUGGAUGAUAUUUGGGAAAAGUUAGAUAUUGAGGAAGUUGGGAUUCCUUUGGGAGAUGAACACAAGGGAUGCAAGUUGCUGUUAACUUCUAGAGAACUCAAUGUUUUAUUAAAUGGGAUGGAUGCUCAGAAAAAUUUUCCCAUCGGGGUUUUAAAUGAAAAGGAAGCCUGGGACCUGUUCAAGAAGAUGGCUGGCAACUGUGAUGAAAGUUGCGAUUUGAAGCCUAUAGCUAUGGAGGUAGCCAAAAAAUGUGCAGGAUUGCCAAUAGCCAUUGCGACAGUUGCAGGGGCUUUGAGAAACAAAAGGUUGUUUGAAUGGAAGAAUGCUUUACGAGAACUGGAGAGGCCUUUGUCAAGCAACUUCACGGGGAUAACUGCGGCAUAUUCAGCUAUAGAGUGGAGUUUUAAUUAUUUAGAAAGCGAGGAAGUUAAGCUGACUUUCUUGCUUUGCAGUGUAAUAGGCCAUAAUGGUCUGGUGGAGGACUUGGUAAGAUAUACUCUAGGUUUGGGUUUAUUUGACGGUGUCUACACUAUGGAAGAAGCUAGAAAUAAAGUAUUGACGGUUGUGGCUAAUCUCAAAGCGUCUGCCUUGUUGCUUGAUGGUUAUAAUGAUGAGUGCUUUGAUUUCCAUGAUGUUGUUUGGGAUGCUGCUUUAGCCAUUGCAUUGAAGGACUAUCGUAUGCUUGUUUUGAGAGAUCAUGUUCCAAAGGAGUGGUCCGCUAAGGAGAAAAUAAAUAGCUGGAGUGUGAUCAGCUUACGUUGUCCUCAGAUUAUAGCUAACCUUCCUAAGGAGAUGGAGUGUUCAGGUCUAUCCUUCUUCCUUAUGGCCGGCGCAGUUAAAAUUCCUCCCAAUUUUUUCAAACAAACCAAAGGCCUCAAAGUCUUAGAUUUGUUCGGAAUGCAGUUUUCAUCCCUACCUAAAUCAAUUAUUCACCUCACAGACCUUCGCAUGUUGUGUCUAAAAGAAUCUGCAGUUGAUGACAUAACCAUCAUAGGAGAGCUGAAGAAUUUAGAAAUCCUUGACCUUUCUAAGUCAGGUAUCAAAGAACUACCUAAGGAGAUGGCACAAUUGACUCAAUUAAGGUGA